AUGAUGCGUUUUCUUUUGUUCUAUGUCACUUUUCUAGAUAUUUACAAACCAACAAAUAUGUUAAAAGUUAAAGAGUCAGUAGACCCAAAUGAAGCGGUAGUGGAGAAUAUUGAUUUUCAACACGGAAGAGUAUUGAGAAACCAUGACAUCAUUUCAAGAGUGUUUAACGAAACUCUCAAAAAAAAGUUGUCGAUUACAACUCUCAAAGAUGUAUUACAUCAAUUCAACCAAACAGUAGAUAAAUCUUCUUUAAACUUCAACUUUAAAACAUAUGAUAGACAAUCAGUCAUUUUUCAAUAUGAAGACAAAUUUUGGAAAGGAACUAUUACAAAAGAAAUCUCCAUCUACAAACAAAAAAAAACCAAGUUUAUCAACAUCAAGCUCCCUAACGAUGGAUAUGUUUACUCUUCUAAAUAUUUAGAUGAUCAGAAGCAAAAUGACUCUUUCAUAGUCAAUGAAGAGACGUCCUCCUUCAUCACUGAUCUCGAAUCACUUGUUCCAUUUGAAGGUGGUUGGGUAGAGAUUAACUACAAGGAAGAAGAUUCAAGAUUCGAGAUAUAUUUCACUGAUGACAACCAAGAAUCUCCAAGUAUUCUCACAAUCAAGUUCGAAUAUGGUUACUAUGAAAAUUGGGUAAAUGGUCACAAGUACACGAGAUCCGAAUUGAAAAAAUUAUUAAACAAAUAA